AUGGUGCAAGCUUCCCUAGCGUCGCUGUCCACCCUUCCUGAGAUUCUCUCUGCAUUGUCUUCGCUCGAGUCGGAAGAAAGCGAUGUCUCCAACUCUCUGACAGAGCUGCUGCAAGCCAGGGACCCUAUCAUCUCAGCCUUGGCCCGCAUCGAAUCCCUCCUCCCUCAACUAGACCAACUCCAUCAAGAUGCAAUGCAGUUAGCUCACAAAGUCGCGUCGACGGCCAAGACCGCUGACCGUGUUGGUGGGCGAGUCAGGGCGCUGGACGAAGAGAUGCGCCGCAUACGGCUCGCGUCCGACCGCGUGGGGCAGGUGCUUGAAUUAAAGUCGUCCAUUGCAGAAAUGCAGUCCUCCAUCGAAAGCCAAGACUGGGAGUCCGCCGCGCGCCACUGCGCCCGCGCCAUGGCCCUCCCCCCAAAAGUCCUCACAGGCCGCUUCGCAGAGACAGCCGUACCCACCUCCGAGAACCCGCUGCCCCCCGCGCAGAGCCUGCAGCUCGCCAAGGAGCGCCUGCUCGCGAUCUUCCGCGAGCGCUUCGACGAGGCCGCGAAGACGCGCGACGCCGCUGCCACCACGCGCUACUUCAAGCUCUUCCCGACGAUCGGCUGCGAGAAGGAGGGGCUCGAGGCGUACGCGUCCUUUGUCGUCGGGCUCGUAAGAGUCCGCGCGCCCCCGUCCGUGAAAACGUCGUCGCCGCUGUACUAUGUCACCGCGCUGACCGCGCUGUUCGAGAACAUCGCGCUGAUCGUCGACCAGCACCAGCCCGUCGUGGACAAGUACUACGGCUCCGGCAAAAUGUCGACGGUGGUCGACCGCUUGCUAAAAGAGUGUCUCCGCGUCGUACAAGGUCUCAUAGAAGGCUGGGAGGAAGACCGCUCCAUGAAGCGCAAGCUCUCGGAGACGUCCAAUGCAGUCUUCCACACGCUCCAGGCCACCUCGCCCGUCAUGCGGAGGCAGCCGUCUAAUAUGAGCGCAGCAGAGGACGAGGGCCCCGAUCCGCGCGAGGUGGACAAGGUGCUCACCGAAGCCGCCGGAAUGGCCGGGCGGUGGAGUCUGCUGAAAAAGUUCCUUAUCGAGCGGUUACAGCGAGAACAGAACGGGGAGAAGGGGCCCGGUACCGCCUCUUCGCCGGAAAUCGUGCAAACGACAGAAAUGCUCGCGUGUGGAAAGGCGUUCGAAGACAUGCUAAUGACCUACUACGUCCCCCUCGAAAUCUGGUACACCCGCACAGUCAUCGACAAAGCCCACCGGCUCUCAACCCAAGACGCCGGCUCCUCGCCCGCGACGACGACGACGCCCGACGACGUCUUCUACAUCCUCAAGCUCGUGCUGCAGCGCCUGCUGUCGUGCGGGAGCCUCCCGGCCGUGCGCCGCGUCGCGGAGCUGCUGCGCGACGUGAUGGACCGCGACUACGCGGGCGUGAUCAAGCGCAAGCUGGACGACGUGUACCGCACGGGCGGGAGCGCGGGCUUGAACGCGAGGGGGGAGAAGGCGGAGAGGGAGCAGCGGCAGGCGUUUAUUAUCCUCUUGAACGACCUGGACGUGUCGUCGCAUCAUAUGGAGCGCUUGAUCAAGGACCUCCAGUUCUCCAACGCCGUCUCCCAGGGCUUCCUGGACCAAGAGGUCCAGGACGUCGUCGGCUGCCUCACGUCCUUCUCCAUCCUCUCUUCCAAAUACAAAUCGACUCUGCGGGCAGGGAUCGAGCAGCUGUUCAACCAACUCAUGCGCCCCAAAAUGCGCACGUUCCUCCCGGAUAUAUACAAGGACGUCUCGUACGUGCUCGACGAAGAGAGUUACAACCAGGCGGAGUACCAGGACGUCGUCCGCAAGCGGUUCGUCAAGUCCUGGGAAGCGCUUGUGGAGGGGUACAUGGGCACGUUCACUGAUAAUAAUUAUCAAUUGUUCUUUGGUUUGGCGCUCGAUGUCCUAGUCAGGCCUUGGGAGAAACUGAUCAUGACCAUGAAGUUCACGGAACUGGGAGCUAUCCGCUUUGACCGUGAUUUACGCGCCGUGGUUGGCUAUCUCACUUCUCAAACGGCUUUCGGCGACGCGAGAGAGAAGUUCUUGCGCCUGCAGCAGAUGUCCACGCUGUUGAACUUGGACGCGGACGAAAAUGUGGAUGAAUUCUACAGUGGAUCGGGUAUAACAUGGAAACUCAGCCUUCAGGAGGCGCGUGCUGUCGUCGCUUUGCGUGUCUAA